AUGCUUCCUGAUAUUCAACAACAAAUCGCAAGUGGGAUUUAUGAUACGACUCAACAGCAUAUUAGGGCAAUGAGCCAAAUGUGGAACUUCGAUCAUUACCAGCAGCAGCCCUACACUCCAACCGGAUGCGCUAAAGAAGAGAAGUUCGAUCAGUUCAAACAAGAAAUGAUGUUUCAUCCAUUAUUUGCCCACCAAUUCACACAAUUCGCCACUGUUCCACCACGCGAUUCCCCGGGUCCCACGAAGAAGAAGCCGCAGCCGGUCCCCGACGAUCAAAAGGAUGAGUCAUAUCGAGAGCGACGGCGUCGGAAUAAUGAGGCGGCACGAAAGUCGAGAGAGGCGAGAAAAAAGAACGAGGAUUUGACGAGUCGACGAUUAGAAGCUGCUCAACAGGAGAAUUUCAUCCUUCGCCAAGAACUGCAUCGUUUGAAGAUCGAAGUUGAAUCAUUACAAUACUCGUUGGCUCGUGCGACCGCUCAAAUCAAUAUGGGAGCAACUAAUGCGGCGAAUCCUCCAAGCUAUUGA